UUACCCUUCAACACUUCAGUUUCCUCCUCUAUAUUCUGCAACCGGGUCUGGAUCGAAUCCGACCCGAAUCCAUCACGUCAACUUCCCCAAACACUCACGGUCACAGAUCCCAGAGCGUGCAACUUUAGAAACCAUUUGGAAAUGGCAGCUUCAACCGGUGCCAAGUCCCUCAUCAUCUCUUACUCGAACGGAAUCUGGAGAUCCUUCGUCAAGCUUCUCCCCUCCGCAGACUCGAGUCUCCUCGCCAAAAUCUCGAAUCUCUAUCCAAAGAUUCUGCCUUCUCGAUCUCGGAGGCGAAAGCUGGGGCUCCCUCUUCCUCUGGGCUCCGACUCUAUCCAAUCCUCCUUGAUUGCCACCGACACUUCCAGCACAAUUUUGAUAUUAGAAGAUAUCAUCGAUCACACGCUGUCGAGCCUGCAUAGCAUACAGAAGAGCUUGUUGUUCUGGCAAUCCCUAGCUGAGGGAACAAGUAGGCAGAAAAUAUCCUUUAUGAUUUUGCAAAGAGGACCACGGGCUUUUGUUGACGGAACGUGUCGGAUUAUAACUAGAUUCGGUACUCAGGGUUCUCCUUUCGGCCACUUGUCUCAUUCUGCUGCCGAGACAAUAUCUGCAAACAUAGCUGUUUUGAAAAGUCUGCAGAGUUGCUUGGCAACUUUCCUUGCUGAGGUGUAUUUGGAGGUAAAUAAAUUUGGGCAACAGCUGACUGAGGACUCUGACAAGUUGUUACCCCAAUUUCUAGUAGCAAUCAAUAGCAUUUUCUCAAAACUGGAAGCUUCAAUUAGCCAUCCGCCUGAAAUCUACAAGAGCGAUAAUUCAUUUGUCGUGGAAGAGGGAAGCUCAUGUGCACUUAUCUUUGAAAAGUUACCUGAGAUAGGCCAGGAAGAAUCACAAUGGACAGAUACCGAAAUAAAGGAUGCAAUGAAUCUGGUUCAUCAGAAUCUUAAAAAACUAGAUUCAUAUCUAUCUUUUGUUCUUUCCAGGUGUCAGAAACCCAGAAAAUUGACCUUGUACUGGUUGCAUUAUACCUGUGGAGCAGUUGGCCUCUCAGCAUGUUCAGUUUGGCUAUUGCGCCAUAGUCGUUUAAUGGGAAGUCCUAAUAUUGACAAUUGGAUACGUGAAGCAAAAGAAUCUACUGCUGGAUUUUGGAAAGAGCAUGUUGAACAACCACUUAUUUCCAUUAGAGACGAUCUUUUUGAGACUUUCAGAGGAAGACAAAAAGGUGUUAUGGAAGUUGAAGAGGUUCAGCUGACUUCAGAUUCUCUUCACAGAAUGUUGUUGGCAUUCGGUGAGCAAACAAAAGGUCAAAAGCUUCCGGAUAAUCUUUCAGAUCAGGAUAUGAUGGAAAUUGUCAUGGAUAGAUAUGAGAAGGAGCUGAUGCAUCCAAUUCAAAACCUUCUCAAUGGGGAGCUUGCUCGGGCCUUGCUUAUUCAGAUUCAAAAGCUAAAAUUGGACCUUGAAAUGGCAAUGCUUGAACUGGAUCAAAUACUCAAGGCAAAUGAAAUUAACUUUGCUAUUCUUGCUGCCUUACCAGCCUUUUUUCUUUCAUUAUUCUUGCUCAUGUUAGUACGGGCAUGGGCUAUGAAGGACAAAGGCGCAGAAGGUAGAGGAAGGGCUGCUCGCAUUCAGAGGAGACUUCUUCUCGUUGAAGUUGAGAAACGGAUAAUGCAACUCCAUAGUUGCAUGGAUCAAGGAAAGGAGGAAGAUGCUCAAUGCAUGUUUGGAUUGGUGCUAUAUAGCCUUGAUCGGCUUUACAAAGCAGUGGAAAGGCAUGCUAGGGAAACUGGAGAAUGGCUAAGCUUGAGAGAAGAUAUAGCUGCACUGGGGAGGUCAGAGCUUGAGAAAGCGGACAAGCUUGCUGUUAUUUCGCGCAUGGAGAGGAUGUAUUAUUGCCUUCUUCCGUCGCUUCCUUCAUCAAGACGGCAUUGAUUCUCUCAUCUAAAAGAUACACCGUCAUUUUUCUCGCUUCUGCAAUAAGCUAUUGAACUAGAGUUCCGUUAGUUGUUUUGUAAGUUUUUGUUUGGUUCGACGCAAGUUAUGCGUUCAGCUGAUGCUAGAAAUUGUAUGAGCUCUUUGUAAACUCUUCUACAUGCAUGUAUGAGACAUACCUCUGACCUUGAUGGUGUUCGAAAUAUGUAAAUAAAUUUUGAUCCGGCAUGAUUGGAUGUAUAAAUAAGUAAGCACAGAAACGUAGAUGAGCAGUUUGCGUUCA